AUGGCGGCGGUAUAUCUGUUUAGGGGAGACGAAGGCAGCCGCUUAUCUUAUGGACCUGAGGACGAAUUUAAAGGGGAUAAGAUUGAUGAAGAAGAACAUCUGCAAGAUGACGGCCUUUCCCUGGAUGGUCAAGAUGCAGACUAUCUUUUCAAUGAUGACGAGGACGCAAGAGAUCGUUAUAGCUGCCAAAACUCUCCACUCAGCAACGGCACUAACCCAGACGCUGGGUACGCCUCUCCACUCAGCACCACCAGUGAUCAACUGGUGGACCCUAAGACCACAUCCUCCUUCAAUGAUCAGGACAAGGUAAAGGAGAAGAUAGUGGAGAGCACAGAGUCCAUCAAUGGCCUCUCACUACAGGACAGUCUGGCACAAAUGAAAGCCGUCUAUGCAAACCUGAUUUCUGAUGCCUCCUGGUCCAGCAUUGCUCUGGACAUGCUUAAAAGUAAACAAGGGAACAAUUACACAGCUAGCAAUGGCAAUGGGAGCAAUCACAAAGGGAGCAAUGGGUUCCUUAGCAGUCACAGUCCAGGCAACAUCCAUUUGAAGAGCAGAUGUAGCACUAGCAACGCCUCAGCUACUACUAAUAUUACCACCAGCAGUACUACCACCAGAACGGUGUCAAGCAACAGCAACAGUGGCACCAGUGUAAGCUCUGGUAGCACAGGAGGAUUAGCCUAUGACUGGCACCAGGCAGCGUUGGCCAAAACUCUACAGCAUACCCCAUACCAACUCCUUCCUGAGCCAAGCCUUUUUAGCACCGUGCAGCUUUACAGGCAAAACAAUAAGCUCUAUGGCCCUGUGUUCACGGGUGCCAGCAAGUUCAGGUGCAAGGACUGUAGUGCAGCCUAUGACACUUUGGUUGGCCUGACGGUUCAUAUGAAUGAGACGGGCCACUACCGUGAUGACAAUAAGGAUACAGAGGAUGAUCGAAGCAAGAAGUGGUCCAAGCCACGUAAGCGUUCUCUGAUGGAGAUGGAGGGUAAAGAAGAUGCCCAGAAAGUUCUUAAAUGCAUGUACUGUGGUCAUUCUUUCGAAUCCUUGCAAGACCUCAGUGUUCAUAUGAUCAAAACAAAACACUAUCAGAAAGUGCCUCUAAAAGAACCAAUGCCAGCCCUCACCUCAAAGCUGGUGCCCCCAACCAAAAAAAGAGCAUUUCAAGACUUGAUGUCCCCGAGCUCGCCAGAGUCUGUCUCAUCUGGCAUACUCCUGGGAGAGUCUCCCAAAGACCAAAAAGUGGCCAAUCCUUACGUCACUCCAAACAAUCGAUAUGGUUACCAAAAUGGUGCCAGUUAUACUUGGCAGUUUGAGGCACGCAAGGCACAAAUUCUGAAAUGCAUGGAAUGUGGCAGUUCACAUGACACCUUGCAACAACUGACAGCCCAUAUGAUGGUCACAGGGCACUUUCUCAAAGUAACCAAUUCAGCCUCUAAAAAAGGUAAGCAAUUAGUUUUUGAUCCUGUAGUUGAGGAGAAAAUUCAGUCAAUUCCUCUGCCACCAACUACCACACGACUCCCAGCACACAAUGGGAAGUCACAGCCCGAGUCACCGAUGCAGCCCCAUAGCCCUGAGGAGGAAAACGAAGAUAAGAAAGAUGAAGAGGCAGUGGAAGAGAAAAUGGAAGCUAGGGAACCAGAGAGAAAAAAAAUUAAAGAGGAGAAAGAAGACCCUACUGAAAAAUCUGAUAAACAUGGAAAGGCCAGAUCUUACCAAUAUCUGAGAGAAGAAGACUUGGAAGAGGCCCCUAAAGGUGGCUUGGACAUCCUAAAGUCUUUAGAGAAUACAGUUUCAAGUGCAAUCAGUAAGGCCCAAACAGGUGCACCAACCUGGGGUGGAUACCCCAGCAUUCAUGCUGCCUAUCAACUCCAUGGAUCCUUGAAGUCUAGCUUGACUUCAUGUGCACAGGUUCAACCUUUGUUCAGCAGCAACAGUUUGAAGGUACUGUCCUCUGAUUUAGGCACUCUGAUCCAUUCACCAAAUAGCCCCUCUCCGCCUCCAAGUCACAAGAGCAAUGUGCUGGCCAUGGAGGAGCUAGUUGAGAAAGUGACAGGGAAAACUUCAGUAAAGCAUGAAAAAGAGGAAAAACCUGUAGAGAGUAAGUGCAGGUCUGCAAAGUCUCCAUUGCCAAAGGACAAACAGGCUUCAUCCAAUCCAGAAAAUCUCUUAAAGGCAGUGAAGAAUACUGCAGUAGAGAACCAGACUGAGAUGAGAGGAAAAGAAGGAGAGCAAAUAGAGAGUAAAGUAGAAACACGGAUAAAGAGUGAAGUUGAUUCACCAAAAAGGCCUGUAAGCAAUGGCUGCAAUAACCUGAGCAUCAUCACUGAUCACUCGCCUGAACAACCACUUGUCAACCCUCUCAGUGCUUUGCAGUCUAUCAUGAACAACCACUUGGGAAAAGCUGCAAAAGUUGCCACCCCUUUCAUAGACCCCUUUGCAAUGCUUUAUAAGAUGAACAGCAACUCCGCUCAGAUGAAGUCAGCAGAGCCUGUGAGUCAGAACCAUGAUGAUGAUGAUCAGCCCAUGGACUUGACAAAAUCCAAAAACACUAAUGGAAGUACACCUAAGGGUAUUUCUACACCAAACAACAAUGACAGUGUAAAUAACAGCAAACCAGUUUUCAAAAAUUUCUCACAGUCUUCAUCUCCACCUCUGCGGGAGAAUGCUUUGAUGGAUAUUUCAGACAUGGUAAAAAACCUGACAGGCCGUUUGACACCAAAGUCUACGACCCCUUCUUCCAUCUCUGAAAAAUCAGACAUUGAUGGCUGUACUUUCGAGGACAGCUUGGAGGAGCUAUCUCCCAUCCAAAGACGGAAAGGCAGACAGUCAAACUGGAAUCCACAGCACCUCCUGAUACUCCAGGCCCAGUUUGUCUCUAGUCUUCAGGAGACUCCUGAUGGAAAGUUUGUCAUUAGUGAUUUGGGACCUCAGGAAAGGGUCCACAUCUGUAAAUUCACUGGUCUAUCCAUGACUACUAUCUCACAUUGGCUGGCCAAUGUAAAAUACCAGUUAAAGCGGACAGGGGGCACAAAGUUCCUAAAAAAUAUUGACUCUGGCCAACCUCUGUUUUUGUGCAGUGACUGUGCUUCCCAGUUCAGGACUCCCUCCUCCUACAUUAACCAUUUGGAGUCCCACCUAGGGUUUACGCUCAAGGACCUCUCAAAGCUUUCCAUAGAUUUAAUAGAGCAGCAAGCUGUCAGAAUAGAGGAAAAGACUUUCCGUUCUUCUGGACUUACAGAUGAUGACACUGGCUCAAUAUUUCAGUGCAAACUGUGCAAUCGGACAUUUGUGAGCAAACAUGCAAUCAAAUUGCACCUUUGCAAAACACAUGGAAAGUCACCAGAGGACCAUCUUAUCUUUGUGAAAGAGUUGGAAAAGUUUGACAAACAAUGAAGAUAAAGCUGAUAGCAAGAUUACUGUUGCACUAUAACUCUAAGCUCCAAUCUGUCAAAACAGAUAGUGCCACAACUGUAUUAAGCAUUGUUACAACACAUAUUGUAAUGAAAACAUGGUAGCUUUAAUACCACAUACUGUAAUUAUUCAGUUACCCAUAAAUAUCAGGGCCUUGCAGAGGCUCCAAGCUGUUGGAAAAGUUGAAAUUUUGGUGACAGAAAUGUACCAAAUUGGUGCAGCAGCCAUGGCACUAUGUAGUCACUGACCGAUUGUUGCUUUCCUAAUGCACUGCAUCUUAUCUGAGCCUUUGGGAAAAGUCCAUCUGUUGUUUUAAAACUGGACCAUGCUCUUAAUUUUGAUCACUGUUUUUGAAUGAUUUUUUUUUUUAGAUAAAUAUAUUUCAACACAACUUGCAUAUUAUUUAUGAGACAGUUUGUGCAUGUUUUUAUGUAAAUCAGUGAGCAUAUUGUGUCUAAUGAUAUUUCAACCAUGAUGAGAAAACUGAUAUCCCUGUUUAACAAAUUGCGGAUAUAGAUGUUUAUAUGAAGGUGUAUGGUUAUUAAAGUAGCCAUGUGAAAGAUGAUGAUAAGAUGAUUUCAGCACUUUAAGGAAGUGUAAAUUGAUGAAGAAAUGUAUGAGUAAAAAUGACAACACAUUACCCUUUUGAGUUUUUAUUCCCUUGAUCAGUGUGACAAUUUGGGGGACUGACUAUAAUAUUGUUUUGUAUUUGCCAUUAAGUUACAUAAAUUCUUACAAAAUGUUUAGAAUAUUUGUUUCCCUAGUAAAAUAUAAUUUCCUGGUUGUUUCAACAUGUACAGUAUUUGCGUUAGUAGGCUACCAAUUUUAUUAUUGUGAAGCUGCAGUUGUAAAAUUAAUGAAGUUUAAAACUUAUUGUAUGAAUAAUCAGCAAGUAUGUAUACAUGUAUGUCAGCAUAUCUUGCUCUUUACAGUUCAACAUUAUUUGUACUGUGUGCAUUUUUAUAAUGUUAUUUUCUAGACAAAUAUGGGGGAAAUGUAUAAAACUACAGAAUAUUGUCGGACCACAAUGUCCUUUUUCAGUGAAAACUAGGUCCUUCAAUGUGGUUUACAUAAAAUGACAGAACUUUACUGGCAUCUGCUCCGAUGCAUGGUACUGUAAAUAACUUUGAAAAAAAAAUUAACUCUCACCCAAUGAUAGAUUUCCAGGUUUUAUCAUCAACCUAAUUAUUCAAAAUGGCAUUCUUUUAUCCUCAGUUGUAAAAUAAACUCCAUG